AUGGAGACAACGGAGGAAAAUGAUAUCGUGAUGGCUCAGGAGGAAUAUAACGAUGAGGAUGAGGAUCUAUUGAGUGAGGAGCUACUGGACAUGCACGAAGUGCCUAAUGUUGGACAAAAUUGGAGACGGUCGGCGUCAUUUAUCCUCGACAAACAUCAGAACAACAAACCCAUAUCUCUAACUCCCUCCAUCGACUCUCUUCCUCCACCAUCUGCUUCAAUGGCCAAUGAAAGCCCUAACCUUAAUCCUGUUUCGGCUUACUACCAAACCCGAGCGGCGCACCAUGGGAUCGUCACCAGCGACUGUCUAGAACAGGCUCAAGCAGCCGUUCGUCGCUACCCCAACCAAGAUUAUCCGGUCUCGGAAAGACCCUUUAGCGUGAUUGAGGAGUUCAACAACUGGAGAAAGCAGCCGGAUUUGGCGGAGGCUGUUGCGGCUAUUCGUGCUCUGGCGGCUGUUAUUAGGGCUAGCGAAGUGACUACGAUGAUGGAGCUCGAGAUUGAACUCAAGAAAGCUUCUGAUACUUUGAAAGCAUGGGACACAACUUCCAUAUCCUUAACAGCAGGAUGUGAUCUAUUCAUGCGGUACGUGACUCGAACAUCUGCAUUAGAAUUUGAGGAUUUCAAAUCAGCAAAAUCUCGCGUCCUUGGACGUGCUGAAAAAUUUGGAGAAAUAUCUAACAAGGCUCGAAAGAUCAUUGCAAUGCUUAGUCAAGAUUUCAUAUUUGAUGGGUGUACCAUACUGGUUCAUGGUUUCUCUAGAGUUGUAUUCGAGGUACUAAAGACAGCAGCUCAAAACAAACUCUUUCGAGUGUUGUGCACAGAGGGAAGGCCAGAUAAAACAGGUGUACUGUUAGCUAAGGAGCUUGCUAAGCUAGAUGUUCCAGUGAAGCUUCUAAUUGAUUCAGCUGUGGCCUAUUGCAUGGAUGAAGUAGAGAUGGUGUUUGUUGGAGCCGACGGAGUGGUUGAAAGUGGCGGUGUAAUUAACAUGAUGGGUACUUACCAAAUAGCGAUCGUCGCACACAGUAUGAACAAACCAGUCUCAAAGCUUUUGCAGAAACACUGUGACUCAUCGUCUAAUAUAUUGUUUUUCUUGCAGUUUGCACGGCUUUACCCGCUGGAUCAAAAGGACAUAGAGCCGGCCUUGCGACCUGUUAAUUUUGGUGUUUCUGUUCCUCCUAAGGUUGAGGUAGAAAGAUCUGCGAGAGACUACACUCCUCCUCAGUUCCUUACUCUGCUCUUUACUGAUCUUGGUGUUCUCACUCCAUCUGUAUUUGCACGGCUUUACCCGCUGGAUCAAAAGGACAUAGAGCCGGCCUUGCGACCUGUUAAUUUUGGUGUUUCUGUUCCUCCUAAGGUUGAGGUAGAAAGAUCUGCGAGAGACUACACUCCUCCUCAUUUCCUUACUCUGCUCUUUACUGAUCUUGGUGUUCUCACUCCAUCUGUAGUAAGUGAUGAGCUAAUUCAGCUUUACUCAUAA